GUUUGGAUUCUGUGUUUGCUUCACUUUAUUUUUUGGGAGGGCAAGCUGUUCAACAAUUCAACAGAUCCCUGCUGGAUCACUGCUAGCCAAGGAAAAAGACAACAUAACGAUCCAGUGUAGUCAUGAUGACAAUAGCUUACUGCUUAUGCUGUGGUAUCAGCAAAAGAGUGACAGUACCAAUUUUUCCCUCAUCUCUUAUAUUUACGGUUCGGGUAAACCAAGCAAUGAAGAUGAAUUCAAAGAUCGAUUUCACAUGACCAAAGAGAACACACUGAAAGGAAAUCUUACUAUCUCUAAAGUCCUCCAGUCAGAUUCUGCUGUUUAUUACUGUGCUGCUAGUAAACACAGUGCUGCACACUUACACACCAGCCUUACUAAAACAUCAGGCACACACACAUACAGACACACAAGCACACACACAACAUCCGGGCAUUCAAUGGGCUUUAUGUUUCUCAUUCUGCUGUAUUUUGUUUUUUCGACAGGCAAGGCAAACAAAGUGCAAGUACAACAGACACCAUCGCUCUUAGCUAAUGCAGCAAGCAAUGUAACAAUCCGAUGUAGCCAUGAUAAUAGUGGCUUGCCUCGUAUGCUGUGGUACCAGCAAAAAAGCAUCACAGUAUUGUCACUCAUCGGAUAUACUGCUGGAGCUACGAGUGAACCUAACAAUGAGGAGGGAUUUAAUAAAGAUCGGUUCAAACAGAGCAGAAAAUCCAUGACUGAAGGAAGUCUGACCAUCUCUGAUCUCCUGCAGACAGACUCUGCAGUUUAUUACUGUGCAGCCAGUGAACACAGUGCUGCAUUUUUACACAGCAACCGGUCCAUGAUGCUUGAGAAUUAA